CACAAUGCCAACACCGUUAGAAGAGUAUUAUGCAACAAACUAUUCAAAAUGCAAUAUUACCUAUACAUAUCUUGCCUCGUGGCAAGGUAUUGCCUACCCAUCACACAUUGCUCAAGUAUUUUCCUUACCAUUUCAAAUUCUAGCCUUCUACUUAAUCAUAUUCCAAACCCCGGUUAAAAUGAAACAAAUGCAAUGGUCGUUAUUUCUGAACCAUUUAUUCUGUGCUUUUACAGAUUUAUUCUUAUGCACACUUUCAACGCCAUACAUUUUUGGGCCAAUUAUGGCUAUUGCAGGAGUCGGGGUGCUAAGUUGGUUGGGCAUACCAUUUGUCUAUCAGGGAGUUUUCGGAGGGUUCAUUGUUACUGGAUUCGUUGGUUCCUAUGUCCGCUUGUUUGAAUGUCGAAGUAGUUCAAUACAGGGAAAUCGAUUUCGAAUAUCACGGAGAUCAACUCGACUCCUUUAUUAUACAUUUUUGCUUAUUCCCUACUAUGCUGCAUUUAUUGUCAUAGUCCUAGUUGGGGAAAGCAGCAAUUCUGCAAAGCUGAAAACCUUAAGUCAUUAUCCGUGCCCGACACGAGAGUUCUUCAUACUUCCGGUGUUUAUAUUACUGGUCAAUGGUGGAUCUGAAAGCCUCUAUAUACUUAUGACUGCUGUAAUGGCACUAAUUGCAACUGUUAACAUUCUUAUUCACGUGAUUUGUCUGGUUUACUACCUUUACGUAGUCCCACCUAGAACACUUUCGAAAGAAACUCGACAGAAUCAAAGGGUAUUCUUGGUGGCGGUGGUUUUACAAACCUCAGUCCCGCUGAUGCUUAUAAUUGUUCCUGGUAUGGCGGUAGUCCUUCCAUUGUUGGCUGGAUAUUAUCGUCAAGAAUGGAUAAAUCUGGCAGUGAACGUCAUGGCUUUUCAUGGACUCGGUGAGAGCAUUGCAAUCGUGUUGGUACAUAAACCUUAUCGGCAUGUAGUUCGAGAGCGACUAAGAAAGAGAACGAUUCGGAAUAGAGUCAUUGGACGUAGCAUAGAGUCUAAUUAAAACCCAAUAAACUAUAUGAUAAUUA